CAGGCCACCGAGGUCCAAGCCGCACUUGCUGCCCCAUUGAGGACGAGGCGUCAGAAGGAGCGGUGACGGUGUCGUUGAGGAGCCGGACGCACGGCACGCGGAGCUGGCCGGCCCGGCACCCGCGGCCCCCUGCCGUUCCCUCCUAUUGUGUCGGAACUCUAAAAAGAAAGAAUAAAACAACAACAGAAAAAAAGAAAAAGAUUGAAAUUGUGACAAAAACCCAACUUGGUUAUCUUGGUUACAAACUCCUUCCCUUCUGGUGCUGCAACAAUGAGUGGGAAAUCGCUGCUCUUAAAGGUCAUUCUCUUGGGUGAUGGUGGAGUUGGGAAAAGCUCGCUUAUGAACCGUUAUGUAACCAAUAAAUUUGACUCCCAGGCUUUUCAUACCAUAGGGGUAGAGUUCUUAAAUCGAGAUCUGGAGGUAGAUGGACGCUUUGUAACCCUCCAGAUCUGGGACACAGCAGGACAGGAACGUUUCAAGAGCCUUAGGACACCCUUCUACAGGGGAGCAGACUGCUGCCUCUUGACCUUCAGUGUGGAUGACCGGCAGAGCUUCGAGAAUCUUGGUAACUGGCAGAAAGAAUUUAUUUACUAUGCAGAUGUGAAGGACCCUGAACACUUCCCCUUUGUAGUUCUGGGUAACAAGGUAGACAAAGAGGAUAGGCAAGUGACUACUGAGGAGGCACAAGCCUGGUGCAUGGAGAAUGGGGAUUACCCUUAUCUAGAAACUAGUGCCAAAGAUGACACUAAUGUGACAGUGGCCUUUGAAGAAGCUGUCAGGCAGGUGUUGGCUGUAGAGGAACAGCUGGAACAUUGCAUGUUAGGUCACACCAUUGACUUGAACAGUGGCUCCAAAGCAGGAUCUUCAUGCUGUUAAAAAUAAGGAGCCUUUUAAAUGUGUGCCCCAAAUUGGUGAGUCAAUAUUGUAAGAAUAACUGUGCUCCUCUAAGAGUGCACACACACACACAAGAAGGUAAGAGAUAUGGUUCUGAUUGUGAAACAGAACCUUGCAAAUUGAAGUGUAGAGCAAUUUUAAAAAAACUAUCAAACCACGUGGUUUUUGUGUGAUUUCUGCUAUUUCUUCUUCUUGUGUGUCUCAGGAUGUAUCAAAAAGUUUUAGACCUGAGAGAUUUAAAUAUUUUUUAAGUCACAGUUUAAACCUAGAACCAAGCCGCAUGAAGGAAUUAAAGAGCUACCGCUAUCUCUUAAAGCGUUCCAUUAAUCAAUUAACAAAUGUCACCAUCAGACUCUUGCCAAGCAGUUUCUGACAUUUCUGCUAAAGGGGAAAAAAAAUAAGACUUUGAGCUGUAUUACAAUAAAAUAAUAAUGCAAACAAGGAUUCCUAAGUUUGAAUUAUAAAGAAGUUAUAAUGAUUAGGAAUGCAAAAGUAUAAUAAUGUACAUUGACUUGUUUAAAUCCUUAUGUCUGGCUUGCUCCAAUCUGAGCUUUUCAGAAAAUACUAUUUCAAUAAGAAAUACUCCCAGCUGAGCUUUUCAGAAAAUACCAUCUCAAUAGGAAAUACUCUAAUGACACUGGCAAUUGAUCAUACUUCUUGUGUUUGAAGUCACAGGAUACUAAUAAAUGGAUUAUGCUUAAUUAUGCCAACUACCCUUGCAAAUAAAUGGUUGGUCUGCUUUUACUUCAUAAGUCUACUUUUGCUGCAUAGAGAUGUUGCUUCUCUGACAACCUCUUAUCAAUUUAGCAAUGCUGCUUAGUACGUAUGGCUUUGGGCGCAGUGCUCUCUGCUCAUAAUUUAGAUGGUCCUUUGAUCCACCAUGCUGGGCUCAUGGAGAGGGCUUCCGAAAAGAUUGGAGGAUAAUGGGCUUUUCUCAUAGAGUUCCUUAACUCAAAUAUUUAUUGUAGAAGAAGGAACUGAUUUCUUGCACUGUAUGUUCAGUCGACCAAAUUAAGACACUGAAAGCAAAAAAAGCAGAUUUUAACCCUGUGUUAGAAUGAAUUUCUCAUAAUUUGAGUUGUCGAAACAUUAGAAUGAACUGCCUUAAUAGUGAGCUCCCUUUCAGUGAAAAUAUUCGCUGGGUGACCAUCUGUUACAAUACCAUAAAAAUAAUUUCUGUACUGAAUACAUGUUCAUUAUAAAGUCCUUUCUGACUGUAAAUUCUAAGAAUCUGUAAACUAUGUCAGUGCCAUACUGUGGUUGGAUUUUUCUGAAGGUAACAGCUAAGACUAUGGAGAAGGACUUUAAAAAUUCUCAAACCAUUCUGUGAUCAGCCUUGAACAACUGUGUAGCCCUUUUGCUUUUGCACUGUGGCAGGAAAAAUUCUUAAGCUCUGUGUAAUCUUUAUGUGCCCUGAGAAAAACAUCAUACAGAUACUACAUUAAAAUAUAAAAGUGGUUUGACAAUUUUCGUUACCAUGACUCCCAGUUAUAUACCAUAUUAUGAAUAUGAAUAUGCAGUCUGGUUCUUGUGGAUUGAUCUGUUCGUCCUGCAUAGUUUUUAAUCUGGACUUUAAAAUAUCUGUGAUUUAAAAAGAAGUUACCCAAGGAGGUGAAGGAGUUAGAAAUGACCCCAGAAAGAGACCCAGGCCAGGAAGCGGGUGGGAGCUUUCACAGGAAUACAGCCUAGACCUCUCCAUUGUAGCCACAUAUAGAAUCAGCCUUACAUGUGGGACCUUAUGUGCUUUAAGAGCUCUGGGACUUUUCGGCCACAUAGACAAGAGGGCAAUUUUUCAGCCCAAUCGUACUCAAUAUUUCCAAUUAUGAUAUAGUCCUGACCCUAUUAUUCAAUUAACUUUGAUGCCAGAAGUCAAAACCAGAACUGGGACCCCAUGGCUCUUAAGUAUUGGUCCCUAUCCUGCCUAUGCCUAUAGCCAACCACACUGAUUUUCAAGUUCUAUGAUCAUUUUGCUACUAUCAUGUUGUGGUGAAAAUCUGUAUGUUGAACUGUUAAAUGCUAAUCAUUUUUAAGUGCAUGAAACCUGGGGCCUUCUCUUUCUACUUGCACUCUGCUUAUAAUUGUUUCUAUUUGUAGAUCUCAGGCCUUCAUAAAGACCUCCAUCAACUCACAAAAAUACUUGUCUUUAUUAGAGUGGCAUGUGGUCAUUUGAAUUAAAAAAUUAUGUGGGUAUCUGAUUCAUAGGUAUUUUGUCCAUCCAAGACAAGUGUUAAUUUUCUUGGCCCGUCAACUGAAGCCCUUAGCCAUACUAAUUUUUUUCUGCCAAAUUACACAAUAUCUUAAUGAAAGUACUUAACAUUUUAAGUGACAAAAACAGUGGCAUUCGUGAGUAACACUCAGUGGGGUGCUGACAUAUAGUUUGACUAAGGUUAAAAAACACCAAAGGCUGAAAUCUGUGAGUACCAGGAACUGUGCAUAUAGGUUUAGGAAUUGACUGUGGACCCUAGAAUGUACAGUGCAAUAUUUUCAGUAGGUAUUCUUUUAAAGAACAUUAGAUUUGGGGGAUAAUAUAUUUCUAAUUAGGACUAUACUGUCUUUCAAUGGUCCAUUAAAACAUGAUACAGAAUAUUUAUUUAGUUUAUUGUCAUGUCAGGGGGCCUCAGAUUCUGUGUCUUCAGUGGAUUGAUGAAUUUCAGGUUAAUUUGUGCCUGCCUCAGUCAGCUCUACUUUAUCCUGAGGUAUUCCACAAUCUUCUUGUUGCAGGUGCUGCUAAAACGAAAAACAAAAAAACAAAAAAAAACUCAAAAUUGUGUAUCAGAUAUUUUCUUUCAACUGUAAAAAAAAAAUCUGUGUUAAAGUGAAUAAAAAGUGCAUUUUGAAUAACCAA